AUGUGGGAACGCUGGCACACGUCCUUAAUUUGGGAAACCAACCCGCAAUGCUCUAAUCCAACUCUGUCGUUCAGACGUCAAACGUGCCUGAAGCAAUGGCAGAACAGUUCGAAAAAUGUGAGCGGGAAAGUGUCCAAAAUGGGAAUCGCAGAGAUUUACGACUUUUAUUGGAACCAAAAUGUUGAUCCGAGGACCAUCGUUUUGCCGUUAAUGGAAUCGCCCAUUCUCAUCCCGACUAUCCUCGCCUCGUAUCUAUACUUCGUCUUGAAAUGCGGGCCGAGGUACAUGAAAGACAAAAAGCCGUACGAUCUGAGGACUUUCGUGAAAUACUACAACAUUUUCCAAAUAGUCAGCAAUGCCUUGAUAGUGCAACAAUUUUUAUCAGCAGGAGUACUGACAGAAUUCUCAGUGAUCUGCACGUUACCGAAUUAUACGUUUGAUCCCAAGCAUGUAAAGAUUGCCUACAUGUUCUGGUGGACGCUACUUCUGAAGCUUGUCGACUUGAUCGAAACAGGCGUAUUCGUGCUGAGGAAAAGGGACAGGCAGAUUUCCUUUCUACACAUAUACCACCACAUAUCGACGGUGAUAAUUGUUUGGACUUUCGGGAGAUACGUUCCAGUGGCAAUGGCCUCUUUCUCGAUCAUAGUGAACUGCAUUAUUCACGUGAUCAUGUACACUUAUUACUACUUCAGCACAAUGGGAGACAAAGCGCCGAAAAUUCUGAAGAAGAUAAAGCCACUAAUCACGAUAAUGCAAAUGGCACAGUUCGUACUUCUCAUAAGUCAAAACAUCAUGUCAUUCCUGCCAUCCUGCCCAGUAGCGAGGUUACCGGGCAUCGUUUCGAUAAUUAAUCUUGUGAUCAACUUCAAGCUGUUCUACGACUUCUACCAGAAAACUUACAAGAAAACUAAUGAAAAGUCGAUGUAGGACACAUUAGGAAGAAUAUGCUUGCAUAGAAAUUGCAAUUGAAAUUGUCGACUAGCUGGAAAUGAUGAGACGCCAACUGUGAUUACCGAUAUUGCACGCGACGCUAUUCGCAUUACGAUCAAAUUUAACAACUCUAAACGAAUCGUAAUUACUGCGAUACCGGUACAUGCGUUACUUACUGCUGACAUUCUAAUUUAUGGUUUCUCAACUGUGUAUAUAAUUUGACUUGAGAGGUAUAGUUAUUUGAAUAAAUAGGAAUAUUUGCAUUUAGUUUCGACCUCAAGAAAUCUUGGUAAGUAAACGUAGAUUCUUGCAUUGUAUAGAUGCGCACAAGAAACCGAAGUAAUAAUACGGUGUUACAGAAUUAGAAUGCAACGUUUAUGAAUGUUCUUGUGACAUUUGUUUUGGUUGUUACCUUUUAAAUAAUAAAAUAUCCAUCGCGGGUUCCCAAUUAGACGGAACAAACUGUAACUAAAGACUUGUACGGCACACACACACACACACACACACACACACACACACACACACACACACACACACACACAAAAUGUAACUGAAGAAUCGAAAUAAAACAGAACUCUCAUUUUUCCUGA